AGAUCCCGCCUACCAACCUGGAGGAUCGAAUAUCACGUCCGUCUUUCGCUGCAUCACUCGACUCCUUAUUUCAUCCAAAAAUCGCUGUUACAGUGUUACAGCGGCACUGUUUAAGCUGAAACCUCUCGUCCACGCGGAUUUAACAGCACAGAAUGUUAGUAUGACACCCAAACCGUCCUCUGUAUCCUAAACCGGGGGUUGGGAGGGGAGAAUCAGAUCUUUUGACCCCAGCCAUCAUUCCCUGGAUAACGGGCACAGAGCCACCCGACAGCCUCAAUUGUUGUUUCCUUUUGCCGACAUCUGCUGCACGUUGCUCACAUUUGCAUCCGAAGCAACAAGAGGUCUGUAUUAGGAUGUAAUGGACCACUUUAAUCUCAUUUCCUGAAGACGAAAUCAGCUUAUUUGAUCAGAACAUUUCAUCGGUUUUGUUCAUUCAUUGAGAGCAUAAUAACAAUCAAGGGCUUGGUGACAUGAUGGAGAGUGUGGAGAAGGAGUGCGGCGCUCUGGGUGGAUUGUUUCAGGCGAUCGUCAACGAUAUGAAGUACUCAUACCCAGUGUGGGAAGACUUCAUUGCAAAGGCCACGAAACUACACUCCCAGCUAAGAACCACAUUGUUGGCGGUCGCAGCGUUUCUGGAUGCUUUUCAGAAGGUGGCAGACAUGGCAACCAACACGAGAGGUGCCACCAGAGAUAUCGGCUCCGCUUUGACACGGAUGUGCAUGCGACACCGCAGCAUCGAGGCCAAACUACGCCACUUCACCAAUGCUCUAAUGGAAAAAAUGAUCGCCCCACUCCAAGACAAGAUAGAAGAGUGGAAGAAAACAGCUGCCCUGCUUGAUAAAGACCAUGCCAAAGAGUACAAGCGCUCUAGGCAGGAGAUCAAGAAGAAAUCAUCUGACACAAUAAAGCUGCAGAAGAAAGCCAGAAAAGAACUACCAGGUCGAGGAGGACUGAAGCCACAGCUGGACAGUGCCAUGCAGGAUGUGAGUGACAUGUACCUUCUGAUGGAGGAGACUGAGAAGCAGGCUGUGCGCCGAGCCCUCCUGGAGGAAAGGGGGCGCUACUGCACCUUCAUCAGCUUCCUGCAGCCUGUAGUGAUCGGUGAAGUUGCCAUGCUGGGAGAGGCCACUCACCUCCAGGCCAUUAUUGAUGACCUCACUGUGUUGACAACUGACCCACAUAAACUCCCAGAGGCCAGUGAACAGGUGAUUUUGGAUCUUAAGGGGUCUGACUAUAACUGGUCCUACCAGACUCCACCUUCUUCUCCCAGUAGUGUUGGAUCUAGGAAGAGCAGCCUUUGCAGUUUGGUGCAUCUGCCACCAGGUGGCGCCCAUCGCCUGAGCAGCGUCUCCUCUCAUGAUUCUGGAUUUGUCUCUCAAGAUGCCAAUGUACACUCCAAACCUCCCUCCCCCAUGCCGUCUGACAUCACUAGCCAGAAGUCAUCCAGUUCUGCAUCCUCAGAGGCUUCAGAAACCUGUCAGUCAGUCAGUGAGUGCGGCUCUCCCACAAUAUUCGGCUCAUCCUUUGCUACCUUUCGCCCUGCUCACUGUUUUAAUGACUCCAUCAGGCCUCACUCUUACAUACUUCCUGCGUCCCCUUCCUAUAACCAAUCCCCAGGAUCAAACUCCCCUUCACCCACAUCAAAGAUUCCUUACUGGAAGCAGGACUGGUCAAAGGCAGGUCACUAUGAGCAGACGGCUGUAAGCGGGCAGCGCAGGACUGAGGCUGCAGAGCCCUCUAGUGGAGUGGGAGGAAAUGGAAUAAUUCACCCCGAGGAUCCUUAUAGGCUAGCAAGAAUGAAUUCUAAAGACCUCACUGCAAAGCAUGGUAAGCCGAUGUCAUCCGCUGCUAGUGAGCUGGCUAUGGUUCUGACUCGUGGGCUUAGUAUAGAACAGCAGCAGAAGAGCAGCUGUGACUCUCUGCAGUACUCCAGUGGAUACAGCACACAGAACACGACACCAUCAUGUUCAGAGGACACUAUCCCUUCACAGGGAUCUGAAUAUGAUUGUUAUUCCAUGAAUGGCGACGCUGAUAACGACGCACAGACAGACUUCAACAAGUCCUGCACCGUCCCUCGCCAUAGCAAUCUGGCUCAGAACUACCGCCGAAUGAUCCAGACCAAGCGGCCCGCCAGCACCGCGGGGCUGCAUGGAGCACUGGCUGCCCAGGGAGCCCCAACAACCAAUUGCAAAGGAGAAGGAAGUGGUGUCAUAGCCUCAGGAACAGCCACCAUUCGUAGAACCCCUUCAUCUAAAACAAAAGUGAGACGCACUCCAUCCAGUGUGGGUCCGAUCCCUAUACGACCACCUAUUGUCCCUGUAAAGACUCCGACCGUCCCUGACUCACCUGAAUUCCCCAGCCCUCCUCCUGAGCACAAUGGAAGUGAGGAAAACCUGUACAAUGACGAAUCGUUAGAAAUUCUGGACUACAAAGCUUCUCCCAAGCGAAUGAGUCUGCCAACGUGGGGAGCUGGUGGUGGAAGUGUCUACGCUCAGCAAACUGGAGCUGCGGGAUUCACUUCAGAAGAAGAGCAGAUGCUUGCCGCCAAUCGCCAUAGUCUGGUGGAGAAGAUUGGAGAGCUGGUCGCUAAUGCUCACGCACUCGGUGAGGGCCAGUUCCCAUUUCCCACGGACCCUCAGGCCAGCCAGGGCCACCGGCAAGAUCAAGGGCAUGAGCAGGACGGAGGAGACAUGUUGAAGACCAUCCGUAGAGGAGUGCGUCUUAGAAAAGCGACCUGCAAUGACAGAUCAGCGCCAAGGAUUUUGCGAUAGUUUAGUACUGCUUCUCUUGCCAAGUCUAUUGCUACAGACUCUCUCCAAAUGAAGAGGAACAAUAUAUUAUGUAAAAAUAUAAGAAGUUGGUGAUUUAAAAAAAAAAAUGUCAGUGUUACAAUCUGGCAUCGAACAACUAGAAGGCCAGUGUCAAUGUUACAUGUUGAGUGCGUAUGGACACUAUACUCAUCUAGACUAUUAUUGUUGUAGUUAUAUUCAGAUUUGGACUAAUAUCUCUUUGACAGGCAUAUUAUGAUGGACAAAUUGUGGCCUGAAGGAUGAGAAUGUAAUUUUAAAAUGUGUAUUAACAUACUAGUUAUGCCGGUUGUUCCUUUUUGGAGUUGCAAUUUGUAUUGACUAUGUUCUUAAUGUUACUUCUAUGUAACUGUGAUGUUUUUGAGACAUUUCUGUUCCCAUGUGUAACUAUUGUAAAAAGCCAAAGUCUUGUUCUCAACUGAAAAGCUGCAUAAAACUGCUUAUACGCAGCUCAGUCUUAGAUGGACCACACAAUUGAAUCACCGCACAUGCUGUAAACUGCCAAAUAAAGCACAUCAGUUGUACUAGA